ACUGUGUUUAUGGGUAUGUUCCGAUAUGCAUGGCGAGCACUGCACAGUGCUAUCACUGUAGAAAAAUUCGUUCCGUUAUGGACUGCCAGUAUACUGCCCCAGUACCCUAGGGAAAUAAGUAUAUAGUAAAUAUAUGACGUCAUAAAUAGCCGCCAUAUUCUACUGUGAGCACUGGCGUUUUCAAGGUACAAGGUUAAUUUGACAGUACUCCAACACCAGUUUUUUUAAUGAACUACAAAACUUUAAUACACUCAUUUGAAUGCUACGUCAAAAAUGCCUGCGGCUGAUAGUAGGUAUACGUGCUUGCGUUCCGUUUUAAACAGUAACCUGUAUAACCGACUAUAAAGGAACGGCUUCACAGUAUACUAGACGUCACACUGUACAGUGCUCCUAGUGCAUAUCGGAACAUACCCUAAAAUCUAUUUCUGUCGUGUUUCGUGUGACAUUUCUGACAUGUCGCAUUUCAUUUUUGUAGUUUGUGUAGUAUGUACGUUUUUGUAUUUUUGAUAAUAACCUACUGUGAACUGUCAAUUGUAAUAUUUUGAAAACUAUAACCUCAAAAAUUGGCUACACGACACAAAUAUAUUCCUGAAUAAUAUAAGCUUUACAAAAGGACCAAUAUAAAAUAUUGAAUAUAACUUACAUCAGGAUUUUUAAUUAAUUUCUAAACGAUGCCUGUUGGUGUGGUGAAAGUAGGUGAAUAUGUUAUUCUACAAAAACAAAAUUAUAAAAAACUUCAUAAGUUUAAUAAACCCAAUUCAUGUGUUAGUAUAGGAAAAGACAGUGUCGAUUUAAGUGCAAUAGAAGGAUGUCAAUAUUAUUCCAUGUUUAAAAUGAUACCAAAGGGUUUCAGGAAACAGAAAGAAUAUGAAUUAGAGCUGGUACAGGAAACAGUUAGUCUACGUGAUGAAAUUGAUAUCAAAACAUGUGGUAGAGAUAAUCGCAAUAUUUACGAUGAUGGCAGAUCUCAAAAACUUACUGCUAAUGAGAUUGUGGAAUUACAAAGUGAUUCCUCCAAAGCGUCAGAUAUUGUUGAAACACUGAUAACGAAUUCCAAUACAUUUCACAAUAAAACGGAAUUCUCUCAAGAUAAAUAUCUGAAGAAGAAAGAGAAAAAGUACUUUGAGUACAUACAGAUAUUAAAACCAAACUUAAGAAAUGUUAUCGAAGUAUUGUACAGGCUAGAUCCAAGUAAAGUACAGGGAUUACGUAUAGAUACAUUAUCACAAAUUAUUAACAUGGCAAAUAUAAGCUGUGAAGGCAAUCACUUGCUCUAUGACUCGGGGUCCUGUGGUCUUGUGGCAGCAGCAAUAUUGAGCGCUAUGGGAGACAAGUCUUCAGGUCACUUAAUCCACAUGCAUCCUGGUAACAUGUCCCAGAAACAGGCAUUAUUAGCUAUGAAUUUUAAUUCUGAACAAUAUAAUAAAUGUAUAUCUGUAAAUGUUUAUUCUGUACUUAGACAGUUUUAUCAAGGCUGUGACACCCAUUUAACUGAAAAUGUAAGUGAAAAUGGCCUCAAAAGAAAAGCUAAGGAUGACUUUGAAGAAAAUGCUAAAGUUCCCAAGAGAAGUGAACAUGACACUGUUGAUUCCAUAAGUGGAGAGAUGCUAGAAAAGAAAAAGCCAAAAUGGCAUUUUGAUAAUAUUGAUGCAGCUAAGAUUUUAUCAUCUAAAUUAGAUUCAUUGGUUAUUGUUUGCAAGGAAGAUCCUCAAAAUAUAUUCUCAGAAUUAUCAAGUUUCAUAAAACCUGGAAGGCCAUUUGUUAUAUAUUACAAUGUAAUAGAACCAUUGCAAAAUUUAUAUGUGGCUCUUAAAUCUCAGAGCAAUGUUGCAGCAUUGAAACUAACAUGUAAUUGGAUGCGAAAUUAUCAGAUUUUGCCAGAGCGUACACAUCCAGAAGUCAUGAUGAGCGGUUCAAGUGGUUUCUUACUAACAGGAUAUUUAUUACAAUAAAUAAGUAAAAUUUC